CUUUGGUUUCAGAGUCCCGCACAUGGCUGCCAAAGGAAAAAUGGCGGCAACUUCUAAACCUUUUGUGUUAGUCAUGCUGGCUUUGCUAAUCGUACUUUUAAUUGACACUUCUCAGUCAGCCAAGUUAAAUGCACCAAAAGUUUUACUGCCAUAUUAUAGUUCGGUAAUCGCCAAUUUUACUUUAGAAGUAGAGUUUUCCCCCGAAGAGGCACAAGGAGCCAGUUGUUACCGAUGGCGUUCAACAAGACAAGAAGUUGCCCAGAUUCAGCUCCUCAACAGCACAGAUGGAGAAUGUUCCAACAAAGCCCUGGUGUCAGCCACAUCGAAAACAUCCCACCAGAUGACAACAGUGGUCCUCGCUGAAAACAAAGUGACUGGUGAAAUCCUGCGAUGCAAUGUUAUUGUGAGUGAAAUCACGAAACUUGUGAUUGACACGACGACCCGACUGCUGUACCUAGAAGACUCUCCAGAAGAGCUGGUUGCCCGUGGUUAUGACAGUGAAGGCAAUAUUUUCUCCAGCCUGGAGGGGCUGUCUUUUGAGUGGAGCCUGGUUUCCGACACUGAGACUGGACAUGAUGUCGUCGACGCCCACAAUAUACUCCGAAUCAAGAUGUAUGCAGACUCACACUACACAACUCCCCAGCACAUUGCUCCUCUUGAAGACCGCGGCCUGCAAGGAGAUCGGAUCCUGGCCGAGGGCAUCCGCACAGGAAGUGCCAAGAUUAGUAUGAAACUCAAAGACCCAGUCUAUAAGCACAUCGAGGCCAUCGAUGUUCGGAUCAUGGUGAUCGCCAACCUAAUGCUCAGUCCUCCAGACGCCUACGUGCUGAAGUUUGCCACCAUCAAGUAUAUUGUUGAACUGCUGAAACACAACACCCUCACAAAGAUCAAGAUGCCCUCACCCCAGUACUACCUGGAGAUGAAGGAUGAUGACAUCUGCAGCUUGGACACAGCAACCUCCGUUGCCACGGCACUGGAGAUGGGUUCCACAAACAUCGUCCUCAAGGACAGGAAUAUUCUUGUGACCGAGUUUUUCCGACAACCGUCAGCUGUGAUCCAUGUUGUUAACCCAGGAUACCUCGCGUUUGUUGUCCUGCCAACCAAGAAGUGGGUUCUUGAAACCGGCCGGGAAUACGACAUCUUCAUCGAGGUUUACGACAAGGACAGUCACAAGAUAUAUCCCUCUGAUAAUGUCAGGAUCGAGGCCAUGUUUCCAUCCAAGUACUUCAAGGUGUUGUCGUCCACUGUAAACGGGACCUACCACCGGGUACAGACACUGGUCAAGGGCUUCACCGACAUAGAUGGAGCUCUCACAGCUGUUAUACGAGAGGAUGGAUCAGAGUACGCCAUCACACCGAAUGUCAAGGGCAGCCAGGAAGUGGAAAUCUACGACCCCAUCAUUGUUGACCCCCCAGAACUCUUCUUCCCUUGGGACCCCAUCUCACAGUGCAGACACACCUACAAGAUCAAGGCCAGUGGAGGGAGCGGGGAAUACGUGUGGAGCACCCUCAACGCCAGCAUCACCAGCGUCAACAUCAAGGGUGAGAUUGUCACCAUGGGCCUUGGAAGCACCAACGUAACAGCCGCUGAUGCAAAGAAUUCUGCCCACACUGGAACUGUACAGAUUCAUGUGCUGCCCCCAUCUGACCUCUCCUUCCCCCCAACGAAGGUGGAGGCGGCUAUCGGCACCACACUCAGCAUCCCACUUCAGGUUGCGGCACGGUAUCGAGGCAGUGUGCACAACUUCAUGGAUUGUCGAGAAAUGCCCCUGAACCUGACGUACAGCGAUGGGACGGUGUUUGACCAGCAGGGAGGUGACGUGAAACUGACUAGCGAUGGCUGCACGGUGCUCAACUUCAUCGCCAAACGUCAAGGUCAUACAGAGGUGACAGCAUCCUACCAGAUUGGCAACAUCGUCCUUCAAGACUCCAUCACCAUUGCUGCAUACAACCCACUCAAGCCAAUAGAUCCAGAGAAAGAGGCAGUGAUUGCCGUGGCAACACUGAAGGAGGUGGUGUUCCAGGGAGGGCCUCAGCCAUGGGUGCUCGACUCUUCACAAUACUUCCAGACACUGAUUCCCGAGAGACCCGCCAUUAUCAAGAUGCAGAAGAUGAACAUGUUCAGCGUCAACAAAUCUUUGCCAACUGAUAAAACAGGAGGAUAUCACGCCUUCAGUGUUCUGUGUCUGGACUUCGGGGAGCAGGUGCUGACACUGAAGGUUGGCAACAAGAAGACCGCCAAGAACCACUUCCCUGCAUCCGAGGAGACCCACAUCAGAUUCCUGUGUGCCAAGCCAGUGGAGCUCCAUCUGCAGCCAGUACUGAACCUGGACCCCAGCCUCCCGCCAUGCCCUGUCACCCACGAGACACAUCUACCUAUUCCUAUUCACUGUGAAUAUGAGAGAGACAUCCUGGUUACCGUGACUGACAGCAGCGGCCGGAAGUUUGACAACUUCUCAUCUCUUGCCAUCACCUGGAGCGUCUCCAGCACCAGCCUAGCCUCCAUCCCCGACCCUGACGUACUGACCACCGAUGUCACCUCCACACAGGACAGCAAGAAGAUUGUCAGAACUUACCAGACUCUUCAGCCAGCUGGAAGACCAGGCACAGUAGUUGUCUCGGCAACCACCAACAGCUACAACACCAGACAUCUGAGGAACGCUGGCAGUAAGAUUUCUGAAGCCAUCCAUCCCCGAAUCAGCAAGUCGAUCGAGCUGCAGCUGGUUGAGGCAGCCUUCAUCUCGCCGGAGCAAGUGUCCGUCUUCAACCAUCCCUCCAACAAGGUGAUGAUAAGCAUCAAGAAAGGCUCUGGGUAUUUCUUUAUUGAGGAGCACAAUUCAGACGUUGUCGGGCUCAAGUAUGACAUCAAGUCCAAGUCCGUACUGAUGAACCCACUGAAGGAUGGAUCCCAGACGUUCACAGUGUAUGAUCUGUGCCUGGACAACGUCCUACACCCGACUGGCACCGUCCACAUCUCUGGCGUCGGUAGCAUCCAGGUUGUGGUGCUGGACAAGGUGGAGGUCCGGAAGGAGCUGAAGGCCAGAGUGCAGGUCCUGGACGUCCAUGGCAACGCUCUUCUCUCAAGCUUCUUCUCCCUUAUGGGCCUCAAGCUGGAGCCUGCAUCUGACAUCAUCACUGUCAGGUCCUCUACAGACAAGGAUGACAAGCUCUCAGCAGUGUACACUGUGUACGGAGCUGUGGUAGGGCACACCUCACUCACCGCAUUCGUCAACCUCCCAUCUGGCGAGACCGUCUACAGCACACCAAAACCAGUUGAGGUGUUUCCUCCCCUUCGUCUUGAGCCCAAGAACAUCACCAUCAUCAUUGGUGCCAAGUUCCAGGUCCGAGCUACUGGUGGCCCGCAGCCCCAGAGCACCAUCGAGUUCUCCAUCAUUGACAGCAGCAUCUCCUCCGUGUCGUCCAGUGGACUUCUGGAGGGGCUCGAACUCGGCACCACACGUGUUGUCGGGAAAGCUGUCGGUACUGACCCAAUCACCGGGGAAACAGUCGUCUACUCACAGGAUGAUGCUGUCGUGAACGUUGUGAUGUUGGCUGGGGUUCGGAUCUACUCCCCACUGACACGGGUCCAGACUGGCACACAGCUGCCUGUGUAUGCAGUCGGACUGACAGAACAUGAAACGCCCUUCACCUUCGGCAGCUCUAUGCCUCCUCUGUCCUUCCAUUGGUCCGUCAACAGCCGUAAACUGGUCUCCCUCAAAUCAGUCUACCAUAAGAGCAACAUUCUGUUCUCGGAGGAAAGCGACUUCGCUCAGCGGCUGUUUGCUGUUGAAGCUGGUCAUGUGACUGUCAGUCUGCGUGUGACGCCUUCACAGCAGAGUUCAAACCAGGUCACCGGCAACAUAGUGCUGCGAGAUGAGAUUCAAAUACAGGUGUUUGAAAAGCUAUCCCUGGUGAACCCCAGCGUCUGUGACGGUCACAUCCUCAUCACCCCCAACACUGAGACCAUCAUCAAGACCAACAGAGAUCUGGCGGCACGUCUGACAUACCACGUCCUGCACAACAGCGAUAAGUCUGUGGUGACCAUGAAGCAGAACGGCGUCCUUGUGUCGGGGCUGCAGACAGGCACGGCAGCUCUCCACGUCACCGCUCAGGAGGACUUUGGUGUCAACCAGACCCUCGUCAUCCUCGUCAAGGUGAAACCCGUCUCAUUUGUGAUGAUAAAUGCAGACACUCCACUCGUCACAUCAACUGGUCACCUGACCAGCAUACCAGUUGGCACCACGCUCAAGUUUUCUGUUAGUUACCAUGACGACACAGGGAUGCCAUUCUUUGCCACCAGCGUUCAGCUGCAGAUGAGAUGCAGCAGGUAUGACCUACUGCAGAUUUCUAAGGAUACCGAUAACAGCACAUUGAUUGUCCGCGCUGCAGAGGCCGGACAGACCAUCCUGAAAGUGUGGGACUUGAACAACCCAUGGAUGGCCGACUACAUCAACAUUCCAGUAAACUAUGUCAUCACCCCCACCCCCGCCCAGGCCGUCGUCUCCCUCGGGGCCGUCAUCUGCUUCAGUACACCGCUCGUGUCACAGAGAGAACAACUGAAUGUCAUUAGGAAGUGUGAAUAUAUCAGAUGUCGUUGCUUGUUUAGGGGGUCUAAUCUUAAUGGGUUUGUUCCAUUGUUUCAGGCUAUUCCCGGAAGCUGGGCAGCGAAGGGUACAUCUGUCGACAUCGACCCUGACACUGGCCUCGCCACGGCAACCAGUGUCGGCAGAUCCGUCGUCAUCAACAACAUUAGUGCCGACUUGACCACGUAUACUGAAGUCAUAGUUCUGCCAGUAUCCAAGGCAACCGUUGGGGAUGGUGUCGGCUUCCUGAGUAAUGCUCCUGGUCGCCGGCCUGUGAAUAUUCCUGUCAGUCUGGGCUCGGAGGACAAGCCUUUGGGAGAGAACUGUCUCGCAGAGUUGAAGAGCCAUGGCUAUCAGCCACCAUUCCUCCCCUUCCAAUGUCGCCUGGAAUUCACCAAAAAAGACAUUGAUGUUGAUGUAAACGACCUCUUCAGGGUGGUGCCAGGAUUUGACUCUGAAAAAGGGCAACUUACCUGUCAGGUUACACCCAUAAUGUCGGAGUUUCACAACUAUCAACUGUUGAGCACCAUCAGCUCCAAGAUAAGACUGGUUGUAUUAGUAACACAGCAGGACAGCCAACCCGAGCUUCCUGCGUCAUGUGACCUUGAGUUUGCUCCUGCCUUCUACAUUCACAACGCUGAGAUCCACCUGACGACCCUGGCUCCUCUCUCCUCCAUCCGAAUCUCGACACUGCCCCAUCUCGUCCAGGACAUGCAGGCAUCAGUGAGUGAUGGGACAUUGAUUGAAGCCUUGUCACCUGACCAGGAUAGCCAAUCAGGCAGUGUGGUACUGUUUCCUGUCCGUCUCCUCGACUCUCUCAGUGUCUGGGAGAGGGAGACACUUGACUUGCACGUGGAAUUGGUCAACAGACGUACAGGACAACGAGCUAAGAUACCAGUCUACAUCAAACUCAUCGGAGACAGGCCAGAUGUGUCACGCCUGAGGACUGUCUACACCACGGGACAUCGGCUGGAGCACGCUUAUCUUCAACUUCCUCAUGACAUACCAGUCCUGGUUCGCCCUGUUCCUGCUCAUCCUGGCAACAGCCGUCGCUGUACUUGUAGGUGA